CGCUUAUUUAGAUUUUGUACCUCCUCAAAUUCGCAGUUUUCUUCUCAACGCCAAUAUGAAGACCGAGGAGUCCGCUGAAGUCGUCAUCGUGAAAGGAAGGGAUGCUUUGCCUAGUCAUUACUUGUUCAAAAUCAAGUCAUUCUCGUUAUUAAAAGCUUCAAUUGAGAUAUACAAAACGAGCCAAUUUGAAGCGGGGGGUUUCAAAUGGACACUGCAUAUCUACCCAAAUGGUGACUUUAGCAAAAACUGGGGAAAUCAUAUCUCCGUUUACCUGGAAUUGAUGGAGACAAGUUCUCUCCCUGCAGGAUGGGAAGUCAAAGUGAUUUUCAAUUUUUUAAUCUACAAUCAGCUUGAGGACAAGUAUGAUAGUUUCCAAGAUGGUAGGGUAGGGCGAUACCACGCAAUGAAGACCAAAUGGGGUAUCACCAAAUGCAUAGACCUGAAAUCAUUUCAUGACCCUCUGAAGGGAUACCUUAUUGAUGAUACUUGUGUUUUUGGUGCCGAGGUUUUUGUUGUCAAAUGUGUUUCAAAAGGGGAGUGCUUAUCAAUGAUAAAAAAACCUGCUACAUGUUACCAUCUUUGGAAAAUCAAUAAAUUUUCAAAUUUACUCAAGGAAAGUUAUGAGUCCAUACCAUUUGGAGACUGCAACUGGAAAAUUUUGUUCUACCCUAAUGGAAUUGCAGAAGCCGAGGGCAACAAUAUUUCAAUUUUUAUAUCUCUGCCCAAGUCAUUUAUCCCUGAUGGCACAGCUAAAUUGUUUGUGAAAUUCAUUUUGCGUGUCAAAAAUCAAAUUGAAGGAAGGCACAUUGAAUUUGCACGUAAAAAGUUGUUUGCUGCUCCAACCCUAAAUUGGGGUUGUAGAAAGUUCUUAUCGUUGCAUGAACUCAAGGAUCCAAAACAGGGUUUUUUGGUGGAUGACACUUGCAUCAUUGAAGCAGAAGUUACUGUGCUUGGAUUGAUUGGAACAGAGUGAUGAAAUCUGUUGCUAAAUUUCUCAGAAUACUUUAGCUAGAAUGAUUUGGUUUAUGUUUACGUUUUUUCCCCUUUUAUAUAUGCUUGCUAUUUUGUUAUACUUCAGUUAAAACUGGUUGUGCUCAAUUUGGGCGAUUUUGUUUUCCCUUUAAUAGUUACUAUUUGUAGUAGUUUAAAGAGAUAAUAUUGUUUGAUGAAACAUAAAUUUAUUGAAAGA